AGGAAAAAAAAAACUAAACGUGAUUUCAAGAAGAUGGCGACCGCUCUGGUGGUGUCAACUUCAGUUUCUGCUACUGCUGAAAAGAAAAAAUGUGAGACAACUAUUCAAAAGGUAGUGAGUCCUGAAGCAUACAUCAAGCAUCCAUUGCAAAACAAGUGGGCUCUCUGGUUUUUCAAGAAUGACAAAAGCAAAACAUGGCAAGCCAACCUUCGUCUCAUCUCCAAAUUUGAUACUGUGGAAGACUUCUGGGCAUUAUACAAUCACAUCCAGUUAUCAAGUAAUUUGAUGUCUGGCUGUGACUACUCGCUGUUUAAGGAUGGGAUUGAGCCCAUGUGGGAGGACGACAGGAACCGACGAGGCGGCCGCUGGUUGAUCACUCUGUCCAAGCAGCAGCGCAAAACCGACCUGGACCGGUUCUGGUUGGAGACACUGUUGUGUCUUGUGGGAGAAGCAUUCGACGACCACAGCGAUGAUGUUUGUGGAGCCGUCAUUAAUGUCCGAGUCAAAGGAGAUAAGAUAGCUAUCUGGACCACGGACUAUGAAAACAAAGAGGCCAUCACACACAUAGGGCGGGUGUAUAAAGAGAGAUUAGGCGUACCACCAAAAGUGAUCAUCGGUUACCAGUCGCAUGCAGACACGGCCACAAAGAGCGGCUCCACAACCAAGAACAAGUUUGUUGCCUGAGGAUUUGUCAACCAAGAUUAUUUUUCUGCUGGCAACAAAGAUUUUCUGGCAAUUUCCAUGAAUGUAACUUAUAAGUUUGUCCACCAAAAAGAAAAAUUGUUUGAAAUGCAGAUAAAAAAAAUCGUUUGUCUGUUUGUUGACACUUUACGAAGCGUUUCUGUCAUCACAAAUGUAGCACUUGUUAGAACACUUGUUUUUUUGUGUGUGUUGGUGAGUUGAAGAUGGCACUUUUUCAUUUUCCAAUGCAGCUUCUUGUUUUGGGAAAAUUUAAUUUAUCUAAUGCGUAAUGUAUUUCUAAUUUCUUCAAGUACUUGACAUUAAAGGCAAUUUAAUUCUU